AAUGUCACACAGAGACUCUGUGUGCUUUGUGUUAUCAGUUGAAUUUAUUAUUAUUGUACAUAUGUCGUGUGGCACAGCACCAAUUGAUCGUGUGCGAGUGCAGUGAGAAGGGAUAGAGAGACAUGAGAGUUCAGGGAGCUGUGUUGAGGCUUUAUAUAUCACAAGAGACACAGUCGUCUUCAGUCAUUUGAAUGAGCCAGUCAGAAUCAGUCGAUUGGCCCUCGAAAUAGCUUGAGACGGCAAAGAGUGGAGAUAUAAAUUGAAUAUAAAGUGUGGUGUGAGUGUGCAGUGUAAUUUAUAAAUGAGAAGGAAAUUUCCUUCGCCAUUGCAAUUUCACAUAACUUGGACGGUGUUGUUGUUAAGGAAAGGGAAAACGUGCUCAAAUACUCGUGCAAUUUGGACGUGAAUAUCAGUGGCUUUGAUGGGAGAAAUAAUGUGACGAGACAAUUUGUCGUUUAAUUCUUUUCAACUACUUAAGAGAACUAUUCCUGUUGUACAUUUUCUAAUAAGUACAAUCAAGUAUCUUUUUCUCACUCACUGACUGUCUCUGUAAGCCUGACGAUUGGAACAAAGUGUAGACUGUAUAAAUUGCAUAAGGCGAAUCUUAUCACAAAGUGCUACCGAUUUUGUGGAAAAGUUUUGUUUUCACGGGCUGAAGUACAACGAUCAAAAUGCUGGGAAUAAUUGAAAUAUUCCUCUUUCUCUGUGUUGUUUACUAUUUAUUUGGCAAAAGGACUGGCGACAUGGUUGAUGUGAUGUCGACGCGCCUUCAGGAGGUGUACGGCUCAUGGACAUACAAUGGCUUUGGCUGGGGUGACGGCGGUCAGCGUGUCGAGGAGCGUCCCACAUUCGAUUUCUUGCGUCGUUUCGGUGAACAACAGCGUCGAAAGCGCGCUCAGGAGCGAGAGACGGACCGGCGCACCCGUGAGAAUUAUCUGUACGAGAUCAAGGAGUCCACGAUGCAGAUGCCGACGACAGCACAGAAUCUGCCCCAGGGUUUGGCGUGUCGCUCCUGUGCUCCCGGAUCGGAGAUUCAGUUGGAUCCGCACGAGAGGCGUCGCGAUGUGAUUGAUGUGUUGCGCACCACACAGCACGCGAAUCAGGGCCCAAAUCGUUCAAACUACGACUGGGGCACGUGGUUUCCCAUCCUGGCACAGUGUCUGCGAGUGAGAAAGUAUCACUUUCCCGAAGUGUCGCCCAUUGUGUUGGAGGAUGAGCGCGUGAAGAGUGCCAUUGAUCAGGCGGCAAUCCAGUCGGUGCGCGAGGAGAGACAGGCAGCUGAGGCUCAAGGUAAAGCCUUCAGUGACACGGAGACGUACACGGAGAUGCUGGAGCGGCACAAUAAGCGAGCUCGCAAAGUGAUGAUGGACAUGCGUUCGAAACUGAGCAAUGUGUUGCUGCAAAUCACGUCGUGGCUCAUUUACAAGAUUCUCCCCUGUUUCCUCACGGGAGCUGUGGCUCAUCCGGCACAAAUUGAAAUGCUGAAGGCCGCCUCGAGACGCUCUCCGGACACACCAUUGAUCUUUCUGCCGCUACACCGAAGCCACUUGGACUAUGUGCUCGUGACAUUUAUGCUGCUCAACAAUGAUCUCCGCGUUCCCGUAAUUGCUGCGGGUCAGAAUCUUCGUAUCCCAUUCUUUGGGUGGGCUUUGCGUGGUCUGGGCGCUUUCUACAUCAAGCGGAAGAUUGAUCCGGUGACAGGACAAAAGGACAUUGUGUACCGAGCUAUUCUCCACUCGUACUUACAGCACUGCCUCACGGCGGGUCACAAUGCUGAGUUCUUCAUCGAGGGCGGACGAACGCGCACGGGAAAACCGUGCAUUCCCAAGGGUGGCAUCCUGUCUGUGGUGGUGGAGGCUUUUAUGGAGAAAGCCCUGCCGGACGUUCUACUUGUGCCUGUAUCAGUGAACUAUGAGCGUCUCGUGGAUGGGAAUUUUGUGGCUGAACACUUGGGCCAGAGAAAACCACCGGAGACUUUCAUGUCAGCCAUCUCGGCCAUCUGGAAGGCAGUAAAGUCCAACUAUGGCCUGAUGAGGAUUGACUUCAAUGAACCUUUCUCCCUGCGUGAACUCGUGGAUGCCUUCAAGCGGAAUCAAGAGCGUGAAUUGCCAUCAAAAGCAGAGCCUGGCGAUCGUCUGUUGCAGCAAACCAAAUCCUCCACAUCGCUUUACGGCACUGACAUUGUGCAGGAGGACAAUCGUGCGCUGGUGGACAGUAUAGCACGGCAUGUGGUGUACGAUUGUGCCAGUGCAACCACCGUGAUGUCCACGAAUGCCGUCACAUUCCUUCUACUCACGCGAUAUCGCUGCGGUGUGACGCUGAGUGUUCUGACACAGGCUCUGGAUGAUCUCCGAGAGGAUUUACAUGGGAUGAAAGACAUGGGCUUCACUGGCGAAUCACGAGCAAUCAUUGAGUAUGUGAUCAAUCUCCUGGGCACACAACUCAUCACCACAGACACGAGCAGUGGCGAGAUGUUCUUGAAGCCAGUGAAUACAGUGCCGGCAAUGCUGGAGUUGUCCUAUUACGCCAACACCCUCAUGCCCUUCUACGUCCUGGAGUCCGUCAUCACGACAGCUAUUUAUGCCCUCCUGCCGCCCACAGAGAUGGUGGAUGACUCAAUGUCGCUGCUGGAAGAGGAUGUCUUGGCGUUGUGCCACAAAUUCUGUGAUAUCCUCCGAUAUGAAUUCAUAUUGAACAAGCCGUGCCAAGAUUUGGAUACUCUCCUCCACGAGACACUCUUCAAAAUGCGUGAUAGAGAUCUGAUAAGUAUUCCAAAGAAAAACUAUACAGAGGCUGAAUUGGAUGCACAACGAGUGCAUCGAACACUCCUGCUCAAUAAUGACCUCGAUGAUGACGACGAGGAGUUGUACCAUUUUGCCCAAACAGAUGAGAAUGUGGUUGUGAUUGACAAGAAUCAGAGGCAUCAGCAUAUUAAUUCCAUCGCCAUCCUCGCACCCAUUGCCAGAACAUACCUCACAGUCGUUGACUACUUGCAUCGGCUGCUCGGCAAUGCACAGCUGGAGGUGGAGUUCGUGAAAGGCGCCCUGUCGGAGAUCAGGCAACAGUUUGACAAUCAAGAGUGUGAAUUUGGUGAAUCCGUGUCAGUGGAGAUGAUCAAGAACUGCCUGAAGUUGCUGGAGAAGUGGUCAGUGGUGCAGGUCGAGUGCGCCGGCGGAGUCCGCCUUCUGUCCCUGACCCACCACUACAGCUCAUCCGCCGGAAUUGAAGAGGUUUACCAGAGAAUACAGACAUUCAAUUGCGUUCAUCGCUUCAAUUUCUCAUCCAAUUGACAGCGAUGACCUAAUUCUCUUGCAAUUCGAUGCAUUUAGUGUAUUUUCCGCCCUUUGCCCUUACAUCUCCUCCUCCCAUCAUACCAAGUUGUCCUUCAUAGAGAGCGAUGAAUUGUCUAAGAUGAAGAGAAACUCGUGUACAAAGGUGUUUUUUUGCAGUGAAUUAAUAAUAAACGAAUGAAUUAUAGUGAAAA